AUGACUGAAACUUUCUCUCACUUUACUUCUUCUCUCGAGAUUAUCUUCUUCUCUAAGUGGGAGAUCUCCCAGCAUGCUCUGCUCCACUUCGCCGCCUGUAACUUUCUUCAUGCAGGGCUCUCUCAGCUGGUCAGAACACAGCAGGUUGUCAUAACAACCCUGGGAGAGGGUGCUCACUUCAGCUGCAGGCUCAUGAAACCCAAAGAUGUGCUUCAAGUCACCUGGCAGAAAGUGACACCAGGGGCGACUGAAAAUGUGGCCAGCUACAACAAACGAUUUGGACCAGUAGUCAACCCACCUUUUCAGAGGAACGUGGAGUUUGAAGACGAGGGACUGCAGAACUGCUCUAUUGUCAUCAGAGGAUUGUCAAGAGGAGACGGGUCCUGCUACAAGUGUCUGUUUAACGCCUAUCCAGAGGGAGCUAUCAGUGGCAGGACCUGCCUCCAAAUUAAUGAGCUGUAUGGACCCUCACUCUUCAUCACACAAACCAACAACAGUCACACCACUCUGUCCUGUUCUGCUACUGGACGACCUGCUCCUACAGUAACCUGGGACCACGUAGAAAACAUCAGUCUAGACAAAUCCACCAUGGCUGAUGUCACCCAUCCCAAUCAAACAGUCACUGUCACCAUAACUGCCAUGGUGGCAGCGUCCAGUCUACCUGACAAAGACACCAGGGUCGGGUGUGUAGCAUCAUCCGUUGGGGUCGUCAAGGAUGUCUCCAUGGUGAUUCCAACUAGGGAUCAAGCUUCAUUUGCAGGUCAAUCUCAGGUCUCUGAUGACAGGAUCAGUGGUACAGUGGUUGGUGGAGUGAUGGGUGCAGUGUUGUGUUUAAUGUGUCUCAUUGCUGUAUUCUGUGUAAUAUGGCGGCAAAAGAGGAGAAAAGACACCUCUUCCAGUUCCUGACCCUGAAAUCAUCAGAACUCCCUUAAAGACACCACCAACAUCCAAACAUGUCACACCAACCUCCAGUCCAUCACAAAUAAUAUCUCCUGAGAGACCAAAUGACAUGCAAUGUAGAAGGUGAGCUGAAAUAAUCAUAAAUAAUGAUAAAGAUGCAUUCAGAAGUAUAUAUUUUUUAAUAAAUAUCUAUGCCAUUCUGUUGUAUCUAUCUUAGGAAACUUUUAGAGGGUUAUGAGAACUUGUGUGACUACCAUACUGUCUCACACACAUCUGUGUGGUUCGGAGACUGUUUCUAUCCAUAGGCAUUGUGGGUACUGAAUAGUGGACUGAAUGGCUGACACACACAGGCCUGCUGGUUAUUGUAUAUGUAAAUAGUCGGUAUGUAAAUAUAUUUUGUAGUUGGUUAAUGAUGAAACAUGAUAAAUCCACACAACUUGUUUGUGGAUUUAUACUUCACUUUUUUAUAAAUCAAGUGUUGUGUUAUUAUAGUCUACAAAAUGUCAUAAUGUAGACUACUUUCAUGGUGUGUUAAGUGUAUGUGUUUUAUUUCUUCAAUUUUUAUAAAUCAAAUGCUGUAAGAUACUCAAUGUUGUGAUGUCCUUUGUGUGUGUUUGUUUUCAACUUUUCCGAAUAAAACUUUUAAACAAUGCUGUAA